AUCUUCCGCUUCAAACUCGCGUCCUCCCCUUUUCUUCUUCUUCUUCUUCUUCUUCUUUUUCAUUCUAUAACCAAGAACCACUCUUCACCGGUUCCUAUAUUUUCCUAAAGAAAAAUGGCAUCUCACAUUGUUGGAUACCCCCGUAUGGGCCCAAAGAGAGAGCUCAAAUUUGCUCUAGAGUCUUUCUGGGAUGGAAAGAGCAGCGCUGAGGACUUGAAGAAGGUGUCUGCUGACCUCAGGUCAUCCAUCUGGAAACAGAUGGCUGAAGCUGGCAUUAAGUACAUUCCCAGCAACACCUUCUCUUACUAUGAUCAAGUGCUCGACACAACCGCAAUGCUUGGUGCCGUCCCUUCUAGGUACAACUGGACCGGUGGUGAGAUCGGGUUCGACACUUACUUCUCCAUGGCCAGAGGAAAUGCCUCUGUCCCUGCUAUGGAGAUGACAAAGUGGUUUGACACCAACUACCACUUCAUUGUCCCUGAGUUGGGACCUGAUGUUAACUUUUCUUAUGCUUCUCACAAGGCAGUAGAUGAGUACAAGGAGGCCAAGGGGCUUGGAGUAGAUACUGUUCCAGUACUUGUUGGUCCAGUUUCAUACUUGUUGCUUUCCAAACCUGCUAAGGGUGUUGAGAAAUCUUUCCCCCUGUUGUCACUUCUGGACAAAAUCCUUCCAAUUUACAAGGAAGUUAUUGCUGAGUUGAAGGCAGCUGGCGCUUCUUGGAUUCAGCUUGACGAACCUACGCUUGUGUUGGAUCUAGAGGCUCACAAAUUGGAAGCAUUCACUAAGGCCUAUGGUGACCUAGAGUCAUCUCUAUCUGGCCUUAAUGUUAUCGUUGAGACCUACUUUGCUGAUGUUCCUGCUGAGGCAUUCAAAACCCUCACUGCUUUGAAAGGAGUUACCGGAUUUGGCUUUGACUUGGUCCGUGGAACUCAGACCCUCGAUUUAAUCAAGGGUGGUUUCCCUUCUGGCAAGUACUUGUUUGCUGGAGUUGUUGACGGGAGGAACAUUUGGGCUAAUGAUCUUGCUGCAUCUCUUAACCUCCUGCAAUCUCUUGAGGGCAUUGUAGGAAAAGACAAGCUUGUUGUCUCUACAUCUUGCUCCUUACUCCACACUGCUGUUGAUCUGGUCAACGAGCCAAAGCUAGACAAUGAAAUCAAAUCAUGGCUCGCAUUUGCUGCCCAAAAGGUUGUUGAAGUAAAUGCUUUAGCCAAGGCAUUGACUGGUGCCAAGGAUGAGGCAUUUUUCUCUGUCAAUGCUGCUGCUCAAGCUUCCAGAAAGUCCUCCCCAAGAGUGACAAAUGAAGCUGUUCAAAAGGCUUCCGCUGCUCUUCAAGGAUCUGACCACCGCCGUGCUACAAAUGUUAGUGCUAGACUUGAUGCCCAACAAAAGAAACUUAACCUACCAAUUCUGCCUACAACCACCAUUGGAUCCUUCCCUCAGACAGUGGAGCUUAGAAGAGUUCGUCGUGAAUACAAGGCCAAGAAGAUCUCUGAGGAGGAAUAUGUUAAAGCCAUCAAGGAGGAAAUCAAGAAGGUCGUCGAUCUCCAAGAAGAGCUUGACAUUGAUGUCUUGGUUCACGGAGAGCCUGAGAGGAACGAUAUGGUUGAGUACUUUGGAGAGCAGCUAUCUGGUUUUGCCUUCACUGCUAAUGGAUGGGUUCAAUCGUAUGGAUCUCGAUGUGUGAAGCCACCUAUCAUCUAUGGUGAUGUGAGCCGCCCAAAGCCAAUGACUGUCUUCUGGUCCUCAGCUGCUCAAAGCAUGACCAAGAGGCCAAUGAAGGGAAUGCUUACCGGCCCUGUCACCAUUCUCAACUGGUCUUUUGUCAGAAAUGACCAGCCAAGGUUUGAGACCUGCUACCAGAUUGCAUUGGCCAUUAAGGAUGAAGUGGAGGAUUUGGAGAAGGCAGGAAUCACUGUGAUCCAAAUCGAUGAAGCUGCUUUGAGAGAAGGCUUGCCUCUGAGGAAGUCUGAACACGCAUUCUACUUGAACUGGGCUGUCCACUCCUUCAGAAUCACCAACGUCGGCAUCCAGGACACUACACAGAUCCACACCCACAUGUGCUACUCCAACUUCAACGACAUUAUCCACUCCAUCAUCGACAUGGAUGCUGAUGUCAUCACCAUUGAAAACUCACGUUCUGAUGAGAAACUCCUCUCAGUUUUCAGGGAGGGAGUGAAGUACGGAGCUGGCAUUGGUCCCGGUGUCUAUGACAUCCACUCUCCAAGAAUACCAUCCACAGAGGAGAUAGCCGAUAGAGUUAACAAGAUGCUUGCAGUUCUUGACACCAACAUCUUGUGGGUCAACCCCGACUGUGGUCUCAAGACUCGCAAGUAUACCGAGGUGAAACCAGCCCUGCAAAACAUGGUGUCUGCAGCCAAGUCCAUCCGCACUCAGCUUGCCAGUGCCAAGUGAACUAGAGGGUUCUUGAAUCAACUAUAACAUGGUGUUCUUUGAACUUUAAUGAGAAAUUUCUCUGUUGAUUUUAAAUAAUUGUGGUUGUGAUGAAAUAUUAUUGUGUAGGUUAGUCUGCCCUCUGGGCCUUUUGCUGAUUUUUUCUGAGCUAUCCUUUUCUUGAAAAUCAUUUAUCAACUAUAUUUGAUGGUUUUUGGAUUUCCUUAUUACAAUACCAGCAAGCGGAUUGAUGUAUUUUGGAGAAGAAAUCAGAGAAAUCUUGUUGUCAGUUUAUGCUAA